AUGUCCUCUCAUCGACAGGUAAGACACCUUACCGCUUCUCACGAGUCAUAGCCCACUCCGAGGCACCGUCUCCCCCACCAACGUCAUCGACAUCACUCCCACUGAACUGACCCCUAACCCCUAACCCCUCACCUCGACUUCGAAUUUUCCCUUCCCCAUCCCACCAGAUCCUCACCCGCUGCCAACGCCUCAUCCCCCCUCUCUCCCCCACGCUUCACAAAGGACAAGCAGGUCGCAUCGCCGUCGUGGGCGGUUCACAGGAGUACGUCCACCCCCGGGGUGUGCCGUGCCGAUAUGGGAAGCGCGGCACGUCGAGCUGAUUCGAGUGACCGAUCUCUGAUUCGACGUCUAGUUAUUCGGGUGCACCGUUCUUCGCUUCCAUGACUACGCUGAGGUUGGUGAGUAUUCGUCAUUGGAGCUUGUUGAGCUCAAGGGUAGCUCAAGACUGACUGUGGGGCUCUACUCUCCGCCCUCGGGACUGGAUGUUCAGGGCGCCGAUCUCGCCCACGUGAUUUGUGAACCAUCAGCCGGAAGUAGGUCCCUUCAAAAAACAUGCAAUCCGCCUCAAAAGAAAAAACGAGUGCACCUCAUCUCAUCCUCCUCAUAUCCCAGACAUCAUCAAGACCUACUCCCCCGAUCUGAUCGUGCACACCGACCUCGUCCAAGACUCGUGAGUGCCCAAGCCAUCAAGUGACCGCCGUCGACGAGAUCCAUCAUGCUCAUCUCAGUGGUUUUCUGAUCCUGGACGUCACAGGACCGAAGCCACCUUGAUCAAACUAUUCGAAUCCCUUUUACCGCGACUGCACGUACUCGUCAUCGGACCGGGGUGAGACCAAACUCUUCCCUCAGAAACGCCACGUCCCAAAACUUAAUCCCCCUCCUUCACUGCACUCUUUCCACCAGACUCGGUCGCUCGAACCACAUGCAACUCGCCGCCCGAACGGCGAUCUCCCUCGCCCGUCAAAAAGGUCUCUUCAUCAUCAUCGACGCCGAUGGACUCUGGCUCGUUCAAUCGGAGCCCAAACUGAUCCAAGGCUACCCCAAAGCCGUAUUGACCCCUAACGUCGUCGAAUUCAAGAGGUUGUGCAAAGCCGUCGUGAGUUCGUUCCUUCCCUCGCGUAGCCCAGUCGGACCCUCCUCAACUAAAUUUGCGUACACGCGACCCCCCCACCGUCCCCAAGAACCUCGAUACCGAUUCUUCCACCUCGGACCCUUCUAAACUCGCCGGAAAACUCGCCAAGGCUUUGGGAGGUGUGACCGUACUUGAAAAAGGUACCGUCGAUCGAAUUGUGAAUUCGGACAAGGAAGAAGAAGCGUGGAUCAAUCGGACGAAGGGGAGUUUGAGAAGGUGUGGUGGUCAAGGGGAUGUGAUGAGUGGUGCGGUGGGCUGUUUCUUGGCUUGGGGUUUGAGUUAUUUACAGAGGCGACAAGGCGAGGGUUUAGGGGAAGAAAGGUGAGGAAGUGGACGAUUCCGAAUCGAGUAGGUUUGGUCAGGGAGAUUGACUGAAUGCGUACGAUUCUCCUUCACGUCCACAGUGAUCCCAUAACCGAAUCCGAAAUCCCUAGGCUCGCCGCUUACGCCGCAUCGACGAUCACUCGCACGGCUUCCCGUCUCACGUUCGAGAAGAAAAAGCGGGCGAUGCAGACCAGUGACAUGUUGAAUUUCGUAGGGCAGGCCUUUGAGGAAGUGUUCCCGGACAUGGUCUUAGAGGAAGAGCAGGAGGAAGGGGGAAAGGAUUCGCAGUAA